GUGUUUUAUUAUUUUACUUUCGGUUCGUUUUCACAGUGCGUACGUCGCGCCUCCUGUCCGUUUGUGCAAUGCGAAGCCGAAUUUUAUGUAUCUAGCUCCUCAACUCAAGUUCCUGUGCGUGAAAGUGUUUGCACAAUCAGCAGUCUUUUUUCUAUUUGAGUCUCAUGAAAAAUAGUGAAAAAGUAUAACAGUGCGAUAAAAAAGAAGCAAAAGGAAAUCCUAAUCCAUAUCGAAGUGAAAACAGUGUGGCGAGACUAGUGGAAUACGAUUUUUGCCCGUUGCCGUAUAUGCCAGAACGCAGCAACGGAGAAAAUUCGUUCUACCGAAGGUGGCAUCCUACCAUCGGCGGCAGGAGGGUUGGUGGCUUGCGGCGGAAAUUGGCAGUGAAAGUGCCGAUAGGGUCGACAACAUCCUGUUCCUGAUUAGCAGGACCAUCUGGAAAAAAUGGAUGUAUCGGAUAGUUUCAGUAGCGAUGAGUUAAUACCAGAGAGUUUCCUCGAGUCGGAAUGGAUUGAUGAAGAUGAAGUGUUUGCAAUUUUGAAACAAUGGGAAACACGCGGCGGCGGCAGCAGCAACAACAAACCGCCGGCCUCCACCAACAGCUGGGCCAGCAACAACAGCAGCGGUGGCAACACCCUCAUCAACCAGAGCUUCGGCAGUGAUGCCAGCGUGAGCCUGAAACAAGGUCCCAGAUUCCUCGACACGGGAACAUUCACGAGACCGAAGAAAAGACUAGAGUCAAGCCUGCUCAACAGUAGCAGCAUAUCGACGGACAGUAAUGGCCUCUCUUCGUCGUCUCAGCAUGAGCUGGCAGGCAACGGAUCAUCGCCCCUGUUGAACGUCCAAAUCGGAGGCCCGGUGACGCCGACCGCCCUGGCCACAUCGGCCACCGGCAACCGGCUGCUCAUGCAGCGUAGCUGGCUGAACGAUGUAUCGCCCCCGUGCUCGAUCAUGAACUCGAUGGAGUACUCGACGAACGAUCGGAUCAUGAACAGCAGCAGCCUGAUCACGAGCGGUGACUUCAGCAGCGUCGGUUGUCUGCUAAACGGUAGCGACGAUGGGUCGGCUGCAAGCGGAUUGAACGUCACUACCGUGGCGAACGCCAGCUACAACGGCUACAACCUGUACAGCGUGAUCGAAGACCGGCAGCGGUUGGAGAACCUCUGUCUGGACGACGAAAGUACGCUCACGAAAGACUGCAACAUUUCCCGCACGGACCUGAACGCGAUCGAGAGCGUGUCGGGUGUUAGUACGAUGCAGAACUCAUACGAGAGUGGUUUGGGAAAGGCUGGUGAUCGAAGCGCCUCGGGCGUGAUGGCCGGUUCGAGUAAGUCUUCCUUCGAGGACGAUCUGGCACCGCAGAUCGCCGGCGACGGGAACACGACGGUUACGACCAACUCCGCACCGGCAAAUGAAACGUUUCACAUGCCGGCCGAACCACCGGCCGGUUUGGACGAAGAGACUCGCCUAGGCCGCACGCUUAUCAAUGGCGGUGGAACGUAUGAUGCGCGGCGACCGAGAAAUUUCAACACCUACCGAAAACCACGGUCUUCGUUGAACCAAACAUUUGAGGGUUUACCGAACGUCGAUCUGGAUGCUUGCCCGGUGCUACCGGUUAACGAGCAUACAUUUGACGGUCAGUUGGCAUCGGCGACCAGCGGUGAUAAGCACACUGUCAUGAACAGUACCUUUGGAAUCGUUGGAGACGAGCAGGUGGGUGGGGCGGCGUCCAACGGUACGUUUGUGCGAGCUAAUCGAACGAUCACGAAAGAUGACGUACGGUUGAUCAAUUUCACCCAAGAUGGUGGAGAUAUUGAUAUUGAUUCAGCGGCAUCUUCUGUCACACCACCUCCAGCCAUCCCAUACGGUCGUACCUUUAAGCGUCGGCCUCGGAAUGGAACGUUCGAGGAGGAAACUGCCGCCGACAUCCAGGAAGAUAGUCCACUGCGGCCGCCAACGAUCGGAGAAAAUGGUGAUGACGGUACGGAACUGGAACGGACGCGUGGCCAGGAUACACCAAACGGGAUGUCCGUGCUGAACGGAGACAGCUCCCAAUUAGUUCAAUCCACUCCGUUCCAUGGACCCUACGCGCAGAUGAAAGGAAUUCCAGCAAUUCCCGACAUCUCUCCGAUCAGCAUAGUACCUGGUAGGAAGAGUAUUACCGGUGGUCGAAAUGCCAUUCGUCGCAGCCGCAACCUGGAACACGACUUGCGUAACGCGACAUUCGAUGCGGCCACCGAUGAGCCGCUUGCCGCUACCGACAUGCUGGUCGAUCUGGAAACGGACGAUUACGAUGUUCAAAUCCGUCGGCUUCCAUCCCUGCCGGCAGCGACGACGGCAACUGGGGUUUCAACUGGUGGUGGUGGACCCGAUAUGGCAAACUUCCUGGAGACAGAAAAGCGUAUCUCGCAGCAGCACUUUGAGCUGUUCGAGAGAUCGAUAAUGGAAAGUGAACACAGUGGGAUCGAUUUCGAUGAGAUGCUUGAAUCGCUGACGGCGGAUGUGCGGCGCACGGGCGAAAACGACAAGCUUCGCCAGUCGCUCGAUAACAUCAAAAAGCGUCACUCAAGGAUUAAUCUGGAAAAGCAACAGCAGGAUGAGAUGAAGCGUAAGCUGCAUCAGCAAGCACCCCUCGAUGGUAGUGGCGCUACGUUGGAACCAUCGGACAAUAAGCUGGCCGACUCGAUAACGAAGAGCAUGUCUUCGUCGAAUGGAAGCGAUAGACUGUUAAACCGCAGAAGUAGGUAUAAUGAGGACGUUCACCUAAACUUAUCACCACACCAGCAACAGCAGCAACAGAUCAACACGACGGUAACAAAUGGUACAGAAGAGACACCCGGGGGAGAGGCCGAUCCCGCUUCUACUGCAAGUGAGGUAGAAGCGUACGAUCGCAAAAACCGGGAUCGUUUCAAGACGAUACGCCUGGGGCGAAAGCGAGACGAUUCACUGGGUCCGGCCCUUCCCGAUGUGGAUCAGGAGCUCGGGCAGGCGGCGGAACCGCUCGGUGGUGUCGAAACCAAUGGGCAGUUUGUCUCGGCCGGUAAUAAUAGCAACAGUAGUGCCUUCAGCAAGAUGGAUCAUAAUACACAAAAAUGCGCCGGCGUACCGGGAAUGAACAGUAGGCUUCUCGCCGGUGGCAAUCAGAACCUAACGAUGAAGACUGACCUCCGCAAGGAUGAGGAUGAUGUGUUUAAGAAACCGCAAGCAAUACCCCCACCACAGUCGGGCCUGGUUCGACCCAGUCAGCUCGGUGAAAGCAGACUCCGUAGUACCCUCACGAAGCCACGUGUCUAUGGUGCCGGUGGAGCGACGAAUCCGCACGGCAUCGGUAUCCAGCGAAAGGAACUUACGCUACCGCUGGGCCACAAAUCAAGCUCCACGGAUUGCCUGGAGCAGCGUGAGGACGAUUACUUCCAGCAGCAUCACCAGGAACCAUCGCUUCAACAGCAACAACAACAACAAGCACCGGCAUCCCGCCUUGCGACAAUGUCCAAAUUGGGCGGUGGAAGCGGUGGACUCAUCGGGACGGGCCGAUACUCGCAGUUUGGCCUGCAAAACCAACGGAACCAGCAGUAUCAGCAGCAACAGCAGUCCAAUCCACCCCAAGCCCUGAAGUCACCGAUGGGAACAAAGUCCAAGUCCUAUCAUAGUCUUACCUUUGGACAAAGCAGUGGAUAUGGCGGAUCCAGCAGCAACCUCUCGAAACUACACGGUUCAUCUGCGCUGCAACUGAAGCUCAAGCACAAUUCCAGCAACACGGAGCUUUCCGGUGGCGUACAAAUGCGCACAGCAGCCGGCGGCAUCGCCAAAACGUCCCGGCUCGGGCUGGUUCGACCAUCAUCAGGAUAUUUCAGCUAUAGCACCCAUCGUAAGCACCCGGAUUCCGACAACGAGUCCAUCAAUAGCCUCUCAUCCUCAUCCGCUAGCUCUAGAGGCAGUCUGUACCGUGUAGAUAGUCAAAGCAUAGCGAACAAUGUACAACAACCUCAUCUGCCUAUUGCCAGUGCCACCCGAACCAAUAGUAUCGAAGACGUCAGCGGUGGUGCGGGCGCUGGUGGCGGUGGCGUCAGUAACGGUGAGGGCUCGCAAGCCACGAGUGGAGGACCAGUGUCACUACAGCCCAGCUCUGGACUGAAGCAACCGACGGCUGGAACCGGUGCAGCAAAACCAUCCGGCCUUAGGCCACCGUCGGCUAUACGACCACCGUCGGUGCGCAGCGGCCUACCUCGUCCAACCAGCUACAUCCGACGGUAAGAGUGUCGACCCCGCCCCGUACGAAUGGCCAUAGCAAAGGCAUCAACCCCGUCAAAUAGCAAACUACUCUUGGCUGCCUGUUGAGCCACGAUCAACGCCGAAACACAGCCCGAGUCAUCAACCGAGUGCCGUCGUUUAUGUUUUGCCUUACUGUAUUUAGCUACCGAUAAGUAUCAUCUGUAUUCCCUCCCUUGAAGUAUUUUUCCCAUUAUGCUUUUGUUUUGUUUCUUACAAUUUUUAACUGAAACCUCAUAAUGAAACCCUAAACAAACGUACUUUUCGAUACAUGAGAAUGAAGCAAGUUUUAGAUUUUGAACCGUUUUUUAUAUAUUCAUGUAUAUAUAUUGAACAGGUUCUUUGAGUAUUCGCAUCAGCUUCAUAAUAUUUUAACGAAACCCGUAUUGAUAAAGAAAAACUUGUUUCCCGACUGAAGUAUAGGUAUUCGCAGAAUCUCCAUCUGCGCGAGCAGAAUAAUGAGAUAUUGAUUUUCUUUUCUUUUAUACCGUCAUUGCGUGUGAUGAUAAAAAAGGAAUGGAAAAAGUUAAUGCAAACCAAUCGAAUGCGUUCAUACUAUUUUUUAAGGUACUGAAUGUUUCUAACACUUGUUGCUUUUGAAAGAUGAUUAUCGCAACUACUAUUAGAGCCCUUUGGAACUGAAUUAUCACGAAAGAAGAAAGUUUCUAAGUAAAGUUGUCAAUGGUACGGUAAACUAAUUGAAUCAAUUUGUUGUUUUUUUUGUCAAACUCUUGUUAUCCCGACUAAUUCAGUAACAAACGAAAUCUUUUUGUUGAAAAUUAUUGAAGCCCGUGCAAUAUUUGUGAUUUUGUGAAACCCUGGUUAUUUGCAAACAGUCAACCACCGUACACCGUAAGGAGGAAGAAUGAAAUGGUGUCCAUUUUCUUCAAUUCCGAAAUAGUGGACCGGUGUCGGCUGAAAGACUUUGUUGAAAUUUACAUCGCCUUUUUCAGAGCUUAUUUUUGCUUUUGUGAUAAAAGUUUGUUUUCAACCACUGUUAGCAAACGCGUUCGUUUGCAAUGUUGGUACUUUAAAAAAAUUGAAGUCAUGAAAAAUAAUUAAAACGAUGAAAAGCAGGAUAAAAACACUUAUCAUAUGCCUAAAUCUGUAAGCAUAAAUACAUUACUAACACUGGCUCUACAGCGGAAGCAGAAUAGGAACUUCGUCGUGCUUAUGUACUUUCACAGUCCGCAUAACAAAGAGAACAAGAUGACUUAGAGCUUAUAGUACUAUUGUGUAACGAAACGCGCGAUGGAGCAACAGAAAUAUAUGUAUUGGAACGAAACUAUCAGGCACAUCUAAGACGAAGUCGUCCCACAUAUACACAACCUACAUAAAUAAAUGCAAGUAUAAGGAUCCGGCUUUCUUUCUGGGCAGAUGGUCGUGAAAGUACUUGUGCUCAUCAAUUGCCACUUGAAUGAUGGCUAAAAGAACACACAAAAAAGACUACGGACUAAACAAUAGGAUAGAGAAAAACAAUGUAACCAUGAAACGGUAAAAAACUGCGCCACAAAGUAGUAGUAUCCAUUGUUGGAAGCGAUGGGAAGUAGGAACUUUUUGAAGGAAUAGUUCUCUUCAUGCAGUUUGAAUUGUAAAUCUUGUUUGGUCCUCCUUCCUUUCUUCGCUACCGUGGACAUUAAUUAAUAUACACAUAUUUAUACAUUUAAA